AUGAUGAGAGCGAACAUAUUGCUUGGCACUCUCAUCUCUUGGGUCUCUCAUGGUCUAAGUGCCUCGGUGAAUACGACGUCCUUCUCCGCAGCAGACACUAUACAGCGAGAUAUUGCUAUCGUUGGCGGCGGCUCGUCGGGUACACAUGCGGCCAUCCAAUUCAAGGAUGCCGGCAAGACCGUUGUCGUGAUUGAGAAGCAAGCACAACUAGGUGGUCAUGUGAAGACAUUCACAGCUUCGUCGGGGGUGCGAGUCAACUAUGGCCCUUCCAACUUCCAGAACAACACCGCCGUCGUGGAUUGGUUCUCCCGAUUUGACAUUCCCGUCGUGCAGUAUGAGCAGCCGGGGGUAGGCGCAAAGUAUGCUGAUUUCAGUACGGGCAAGGAGCUAGAGAAUGGAACGCUCCCUAACCCUGAUUUCGGUGCGUACCUCGAAGUACUUGCCAAGUUCCCAUACCUUGAAGACUUUUCGCAUUUGCCCGAUCCGAUCCCAGAGGACUUACUGCUGCCAUUUGGCGAGUUCGUCGAAAAGUACAAUCUCCAGAGUGUCGCGUAUACCAUCGCCCAGUUUGCUACUUCAAAUGGCAACGUUUUCGAGCAACCAACACUCUACAUUUUGAAAGUAGCAGACGUUCCAUAUAUCCAAGGCAUAAUCAACGGUGACGUACUGGCCCCAGCGACAUACGACGCCCAAUCGGUGUUUCAGAAGGCUCAGCAAGAUCUUGGGUCCGAUGUCUUGCUUCGCUCUACCGUCAGCAGCGCAACACGAUCAAACACUGGGAUCAGCCUCGUCGUCAACACUCCCAACGGGCAAAAACUUAUCAAGGCCAACAAGCUGCUUGUCACAGUGCCCCCGAAGAUCGAUAACCUGAAACCAUUUGAUCUUGACCAACGCGAAUCAGGAAUACUUUCUAAAUUUCAAAGCAAGGCGUUCUAUACUGCUUUACUCAACCAAACUGGUCUGGCUAAGGGUUUCAGUUACUAUAACGCCAAACCCGCCGCAGGCCAAACAUACCAUGUCCCUUCAUUGCCGCUCUUACAGUUCAUUUGGGCAACCAAAGACGUGGACACGUUCUGGGCCUGGUACAGCUCGGCCACUGAAUUGCCAGACGCAACAGUCAAGGCAAAUAUCAUCAAGGAUUUCCAGGCACUUGCGCCCGGAUCGAAGCCUCAAAUUAUGGUAUUUUCCAACGCCGGCCCGUCGGGCGUAGGCGUGACGGCGGAUGAGAUCAAGAACGGCUUCUACAAGGACCUUCUUUCGUUGCAAGGGUACAGAAACACGUGGUACACCGGCUCCGCUUGGGUCUCGGAUCAUUCGGCUGGUUUGUGGAACUAUACCAAUUAUGAAUUGGUGCCCAAACUAACUCAGUAA